UCACACAAAGUCACAGUUUCCGUAGCGAGACAGCCAAAAACCACCCAGUUUUCAUCAUGAACGCUCUUUUCGUCGCUGCCCUUCUGGGCUUUGUCGCCGUCGCCACCGCUUAUCCUAAGUACGGAUACGGAGGAUAUGGCGGAUACGGCUAUGGUCUUGGCCAUGGCUACGGCCUCGGAUACGGCUAUGGCGGCCACGGCUAUGGUCAUGGCUAUGCCGUCGCCGCUCCCGUUGUGAAGGCCCUCGGCCACUACAGGAGCUCCUCCUACGGUACCCACGUUAACCACGGCGUCAGCUACACUGCCCGCGGAUACGGAGGAUACGGCCACGGUGGAUAUGGCGGAUAUGGCUACGGCCAUGGCGGAUAUGGCGGAUACGGCUACGGCCACGGCUAUGGUCAUGUCGUCGCUGCUGCCCCCGUUGCCGUCGUCGCCGUCGGUCAUGGUUACGGCCAUGGUUACGGCCACGGCUACGGUCAUGGCUACGGCCACGGCUACGGCUACCACGGCUAAGCGCAGACUGUGAGCACCUGUGUUGCCACCUCAAGCCAUCAGUGCACCUGUUCCGACCCUGGGCCAGGACUCGCCACAUGCUCGUCUGUGCAAAAACGCACGACGAUGGCAGCAUCAGGCUGCACGAAAUGUCCUUGGGAGCGCGGCGCAGACAUGUACAGGCUAGCAAGGAGCGUUGUUGAACAACUGGAGUGAUUGGGCUGUUCAUCGCUGCUCACUGGUCGAUGAACACUUAGGAUGAAAAAAUAAAAUUGAGUUGGUAUUUAUUGAAAAA